GGGCGUUGAGAGCAGCUGCAGCAAUGUGGGGUCCCAACAUCCUCUGUGCUCGCUGCCUCCCUCCCCUCCACUUCACUCACUUCAGAGACCUCCUGCCUCUCCUUUUCUCCAUGUGCUUUAUUUUCGCGAACGCAGGGCGGUGCAAAGCGAAGUGAAGUUUCAACUACUAGUCAAAAAAUAGCUUCGCCUUCCCCCUCGGUGUUGUUAUCAUUAUAUAUAUACAUAUUUUUUUACCUCUGGCCGGGUUAUCCCACUAAAACAAGACCAUUGAUUGGUGUAGCUGCAUCGGGGAGAAGGCGCGGGAGGAGGAGAAACUAGGAGGCUCGAUGACGACGAAAGAAGACAACAUAUUAAUAGAUGAAAUGGCAAACCCAUCUCCAGCAAAGAGUCUCGGCGAUCCUGGAAUCACACCGCUGUCUCCGACACACAUUCAGAAUGACACAGACCAGGUUCCAUCAGGAAUGGCCUUUGUGGUCGUGGUAGCCAUUGACUUUGGCACAACAUCAAGCGGCUAUGCUUAUGCAUUCACAAAGGAGCCUGAGUGCAUUCACACCAUGAGGCGUUGGGAGGGUGGCGAUCCUGGCGUAUCCAACCAGAAGACACCAACCACAAUCUUGCUGACCCCAGACAGAAAGUUCCACAGUUUUGGCUAUGCAGCACGUGACUUUUAUCAUGACCUAGACCCUAGUGAGUCCAAGCACUGGCUCUACCUGGAGAAAUUCAAAAUGAAGCUCCAUACCACAGCGAAUCUGUCCAUCAACACGGAUCUCCAGGCAGCCAAUGGGAAGCGUGUGAAAGCUUUGGAUAUCUUUGCCUAUGCACUGGCUUUUUUUAAGGAGCAAGCACUAAAGGAGCUGAGUGAUCAGACAGGUGGCGAGUUUGACAAUAAUGAUGUGAGAUGGGUCAUCACUGUUCCUGCCAUCUGGAAAAUGCCUGCAAAGCAAUUCAUGAGGGAAGCUGCUUAUAAGUCUGGUUUGGUGUCCCGUGACAACCCUGAGCAGCUUGUCAUUGCGCUGGAACCUGAGGCUGCAUCGAUCUACUGCCGUAAACUCCGCCUCCACCAGAUGGUGGACUUGAGUAUCCAGACCACUCAGAAUGAUUUCAGUCCCACAGACAAUGUUGGAAAUACAAUGACUCAAGCUUCUCCGAGCCAUGCCAACAAGGAGCAUGUCAGGCGCAACCGGCAAAGUCGCACCUUCUUGGUGGAAAAUGUCGUAGGGGAGCUUUGGUCGGAGCUGGAAGAAGGUGACCGAUAUGUGGUGGUGGACUGUGGCGGGGGGACAGUGGACCUGACUGUCCAUCAAAUCCGUCUCCCAGAAGGACAUCUGAAAGAGCUGUACAAAGCUUCUGGUAAUAUGUUGCUAUUUUUUUAUUGUAUAUUCUCCUCUAUGUUUUUCUUCUGGCUUUUCAAUCAGCUCACUCAUUUUCCUACUUUAGGUGGACCAUACGGGUCUCUUGGAAUUGACUAUGAAUUUGAAAAGCUGUUGUGUCAGAUUUUUGGCCAGGAUUUCAUUGACCAGUUCAAAAUAAAGCGGCCAGCUGCUUGGGUGGACCUCAUGAUUGCCUUUGAAUCACGGAAGCGGGCAGCAGCACCAGGCAGGGCAAACCCCCUCAAUAUUAACUUGCCCUUCUCAUUCAUCGACUACUACAAGAAGUUCAGGGGCCACAGUGUUGAACACGCCCUGCGUAAAAGCAACGUGGAUUUUGUGAAAUGGUCAUCGCAGGGGAUGCUGAGAAUGAGUCCCGAUGCUAUGAAUUCCCUUUUCAAGCCCACCAUCGACCAUAUCAUUCAACACCUCAAUGAGCUCUUUGAGAAACCUGAGGUGAGCGACAUCAAGUUCCUUUUCCUCGUCGGGGGUUUCGCCGAAUCAGCUUUGCUACAGCAGGCCGUUCAGAACAUGCUAGAGGGCCGCAGUCGCAUCAUUAUCCCCCACGAUGUCGGCCUCACGAUCCUGAAGGGCGCAGUUUUGUUCGGUUUGGACCCCAGCAUCAUCAAAGUCCGCCGCUCGCCGCUUACGUACGGCGUCGGUGUCCUCAAUCGCUUUGUAGAGGGCAAGCAUCCUCCCGAGAAGCUGCUGGUGAAGGACGGAACGCGCUGGUGCACCGACGUCUUUGACACGUUCAUCGCCGCCGACCAGUCGGUAGCGCUCGGCGAGAUGGUCAAGCGUAGCUACACGCCGGCCAAGCCCUCGCAGCAGGUCAUCGUCAUCCACGUCUACUGCACCGAGAAGGAAAAAGUGGGCUUCAUCAGCGAGUCGGGCGUCAAGAAGUGCGGCUCACUUCGCUUGGAUGUCAGUGGCACGGAAAGCGCGGCGACACGCCGUGAGAUCCAGACACUCAUGCAAUUUGGUGACACCGAGAUUCGGGCCAUGGCGGUGGACGUGUCCACCGGCCGCACGGUCAAGGCCAGUAUUGACUUCCUCAGCCAUUGAGGUAGGAGGCAGAGAGCUCUUUGGAAAUGGCACAGCUCAGCUGCACAUACCCACGAGUAGAAUAUUUCAAAUGUUCACAAUUGAGGAUUUUCGGGGUAUCGUAAGAUUAAAUCAGUCCAAUCACUUCAACCAUUAUUAUCCAGCGGCGUUUUAACAGCCCACUAAAAUGUACUGUUAAUGCUUGUUCUCUUAUUAGCUGAACGAUAUCAUGACACAAGGUCUCAAAGACAACAAAAAAAAAAACCAAACUCGAUGUGGAUUAAUUGCAUUGAAAAUAUUGCCGAUGCUCUGAAUGUACCUCUGGUAUAUGUGCUCUGCAAAAUAGCUUUAUGUGAAAGAAGCUGAAAAGAGGAACUUAUAAUUAAGCUUGGUGUCAAGUGUACAUCUUAGUUCUCUUCUGAAUUACACAUUUAGGUUUAGUUGAUAUUGGAUUUGGAUGAGAGUCUUGAUUGCGUAUGGGUCCGUCCGUUCAACUCUCACCAAAUGUAGUUGACGGUCAGCACAUGCCAUCAGGCAUCACUUCAGCCACCGUCAUUAUUUGUUGAACACGCCAAAUGCAGGGUUGGAGGAACUGGCGGGGAAUCCAACUGUACCGUCUGCAUGAAAUGGCAAAUUAACCCAAAGUAGCAUGACACUCAUGCUUUUACCUGCCAGCCCCCCCCCCCCCCCGACCCCCCCAAAAAACCAUGAAAGUGUUCCACAAUGAAGAAUUAAUUGAGACAUGGAAAAUAGCCUUAAGAGGUCAAGUGUGAAGUAAACUUGGCCAAGCAUCUUUUGAGUAAUACUUAUGUUAGUUUUUUUUUAGACCCACAGCAACGUGCUUAACAACGAAAAUGCUUUUGUUCGGCAAUCUCCGGCAAAUGACGUCAUUCACAGACUACCGAGUUGUCAGUCAGCCAUUGUCCCGCAUCGUUGAUUGUCCCAUUAACUGCUCUUUGCCAUUGUUAUCGAGAUAUUCUGUCAAAUGCACAGUUCACAUUCAAGCGAACAGUUGUUUGAGUAGCCAAAAGAAAAGACUAGGGCAUCUAAAUGGACCAGAAAAUAUAAUACAUUCCACCCCGGUGUGGACGAGCAUUCUUUCUUCCAAGCACUUAAGACCUGUUUUGUCUACCGGAUUUGCAAAAAGGGGAGGCUAAUCAAUUAAUAACUGUCCAUUGUUAAUGAAAACAUUUGAUUCAAAAAUAUUGUACUCAUAUAUGAAUAGAAUCAUAUACGAAAACAUCCAAACUUUAUCAGUGCAUGGAUGGAAUCCUUGGUCAUGGUUUGCAACUAACAAUGCUUGCAGACAUAAUGUGCGGAGAGGCCAAUAACGCAACAACAACAACAAUAAUGCAACAACAACUUAGCAAUGACAAUGCAGGACACGCACCCACUAUGACAUGUGCUAUCAGUGCUCGUAGGAAUGCAUGGACCAAGUCGGUAAUGCCAUCAUGCCCAAUUUACAGCAAGGCACAGCAUCGAAUUGCAAACAAUAACGCUAGCCUAACACCUGCAGCCGAUAUAGCUUACCGUUCUUCCAAUCCCGAUGAAUUUCCAAUAACCUCCUCUUUCUCCAACUCUUCAAAAACCUGGAUUUUGUUGUUGUUUGCAACGGCCUUCACCCUGGGCGGGUUGAACCGGCUUCUUCAUUUGCGCGCACGACAUCCCUGAUCAUGGCGGCCCAAGCGCGGCGAUCCUGUGCCAGGUCAACCGACAGCUUCAGCCAGUCCUGGUUCCACCGUCUCAGACCCACCACCAAGGGGCCGGAAAGAUACGAGAGGUCUUCUUUCAUCGUGGUGGCCCAGGUCUUGACUUGUCCACCACGCCGCUUGCGCCAGACUGGCAAAGGAGCAGGAAUGAGAACAUCCCUGAUCAACUCGCCCUCCUGGUGGCGUGCCGCAUGCCCGAACCAACGGAGUCGGCGUUGCAGGAGAGAGAGCGUAAGGGGCUAAGGUGCAGGCAGCGACGAAGGUCAGCAGUGGGGACCCGGUCCGAUCGGCGGCGGCGGAGAAUAUGGCGGACGCAAUCGUUAUCAAAGACUUCCAGCUUGCGCUGGUCAGCCACUCUCAUAGGCCAGGUCUCACAGCCAUAAAGCAGGAUGGUCCGCACGAUCGCCUGGUAGACACGCCCCUUUGUCACUGCCGAGAUCUCGCGCCGACCCCACAGAUGGCGUUGUAGGCGCACGAAGGCGGAUCUGGCAGCCCCGAUGCGAUGCACGACUUCUGCUUCUCCUUGCCCUGACGGAACCACAGAGCAACCGAGAUAUGUGAAGGAAUCAACGUUUUCCAGGGUCACGCCCUCCAGUGACAGCGACCGUUGGUCAGCUGGGUUAGUGAGGGAGGACAUGAUCUUGGUCUUCGAGGCGUUGAUGCGCAUUCCAACGGUCAGGGCCGUUCGAUGGAUUUUCAUCAGCGCGUUUUCAACUUCCUCGAACGUGUUUCCAAGUAGAGCGAUGUCAUCUGCGUAUGCCAGGUCCGACACUGCGACAUCUCGGCCGACCCUCACACCCUCAAAGCCAUGGAGAGCAGUGUUGAGGAUGUGGUCGAUGGCAUAGUUGAAUAAGGUUGGCGAGAGUGCGCAGCCUUGUCGGACACCCGACCGCACCUCAAAGGUUUCUGAUUCGCUGCCGUAGGCCCGCACUCGGACUCGGGUUGACCGGUAGUACCCCUGGAUGAGCCGAAGCAGUUUCACAGGGAUCCCGUCAGCCUUCAUGAUCAUCCACAACACACCCCGGUCAACUGAAUCAAAUGCUGCGGCAAAGUCGAUGAAGCACACGACUGUUGGUUGUUGGUAGGCCCAUCGUUGCUCCAAGGUGCGACGCAGGCUAAAAAUCUGGUCUACACAUCCCCUUCCGGGGCGAAAGCCACCCUGAGUUGGGCGAGUCCGGUGGUCACGGGCCAUCUGGAAGCGUUUCAGCAGAAGGACGACGAAUGCUUUUGCAGCCACAUCGAGAAGGCUAAUGCCUCUGUAGUUGGCGCACAGCUUCUUGUCUCCCUUCUUGAAAAGGGGUAUUAACACUGCUUCGCUCCAGUCAUCCGAGAUUGUCUCGGACGUCCAUACGGCGUUGUAGACGCGACGAAGCCACGCUGCGAAGACGUCAAUAUCGCUUUUGUAAACUUCCGCCGGGAUGCCGUCUUCACCUGGGGCUUUAUUAUUCCUGAGCUGAAGCAGGACGUCUCGAAUUUCGUCUACCGUAGGUGGGUCCGAGCUGCAGUCGUACUCCUCAUCAAUUGCAGGAAGCACAGGCGCCAACACUGGUGGUGGGUGAUUGAGUAGGACUUCGAAGUGUUCGCGCCAACGUUGCAGCCGUUCCUCUAGGGAGGUUAUCACAGAACCGUUCACUGUGCAGAUUGUUUCGCUGACUCCAGCGGAUUUCCUGCUCGCCUUCUUUACCAACUGAUAAAGCUUGCGGGUAUCUCCCGCAGCGGCGGCCCUCUCAGUUUCUUCGGCAAAGUCGCACCAAUAGGCAUUUCGAUCUGCCCGAAUCGCCCGAGUGGUAAGUCGCCGUAGUUCGCGAAAGUUGGCUGCUCCCGUUACUCGCGCAAGCCUGGAUCGUUCUGCAAGGGCCAGAGUGUUUGCAGUGAUCCAGUCACGGUUCUGGCGUUUGGUGGAGAUGAGGUGUGAGCGUGCAGCUGCAAUGACGGUAGAUUUGAGUUCCCGCCACUUCUGCUCUGGCUCAUUGGAAGCCGGUUGUAGUUGAGCGAAGCGGUUUUGGACCUCCACUUGAAAAUUCUUCCCUCCAUCCAGCUUCAAUUUCACGACAUCAAUCCGCGUGGUGCGUUUUGAAGGGCGAUUAACUUUAAGUCUGAUGCGAAGGGUAGCACGCACAAACACGUGGUCGUAGCCGCUCUUGCCUCCCGUGUCUGCUCCACGGUACGCCCGUGCGUCGAGGACUGAACUCGCCCAACCGAACCAGUAUGUAGUCAAUCUGGUUAGUCGUCCGCCCAUCGUUCGAGUACCAGGUGACUAGCUGAUGUUGGGGGUGUUGGAAGCGUGUAUUCAUCACGACUAGGCGAUUUGAGGAUUCCCUCAGAUAGGCUUGAAAGGGACAAAGGCUGCAUCCAUCAGGUACACAGAUGUACUCAUGUGAUCACUGGCUAUGUUGGUUGCUUACAUCCACUCAUUGAAUCUGUGAAGCAACAUUGCAUCUUGUGUUUAAAUCUACCGUAUUUUCCGCACUAAAAGGCGCACCCAAAAUCCUUCCAUUUUCUUAAAGGCUCACAGCGCGCCUUAAAAUCCGAUGCGCCUUGUGUAUGGUCAUUUCAACCCCAAAAUGGCUCCUUGCUCGAGACAUGCUGACAACGCAGAGUUCAAACUUAAGGCGAUGGGUUACACAGUUGAACACGGAAAUAGAGCAGUGGCAAGAGAGUUCAAUGUUGACGAGUCAAUGUUAUAACUUGCUGUUGGUUAAGUGAACUGUGUCGCUGCUUUAUGAAAUAAGUCUUGUGGAUGCAUUGUAGAUUGCGUCUUAUAAUGCGGUGCGUCCAAUAUAUGUCAAACAUGCUGCAAGGAAGUACCACCGUUAGAUCCUAUUUAGUGUUGCCUCGGUUGUAAUGCUUACACUUAUUAGAUGAAAUGUUGCUUGCCCACUUGGAUGUGCAGAGCCUUUGUGUGACAAACAGUAAUAUUUUUUUUAUUUCUGUAGAUACAGUAUUUAAAUAUUGUACAGAUUUUUUUGCAUCGAAUUGAUAGCCUUAGCCGCAGUCGUUUUAUGCGUGUGUUUUCACUUUUCAUAGUCAGCACGUCAUCCAGCACAGCACGAGAGACAGCAUGGCACAUUUUUGCCAGACAAACAGGUCAUUCAUUCAUUACCCUUCCAUUAUGUCUAACAUGUCACACCACUCUGCCAGCUUGCAUGUUGUCAGUGUCCUACCUCUUCUAAAUGGUUUGGGGCCAUCAUUAAUGUGUGCUGCCUGAGAAAGUAAAUGUUCAGUACUACAAUAGAUGAGAAGUGGUCUAAUUGCUCUGUACUGUCCAUUCAAAUUAAGCUAUAGGUUAUGGUGACCGACUUGUUGUCGUUGUUUCCUGUUGGAAGAAUUCUGAGGGAAUCCAUUCUUAAAUUUCAAAUACUGUACAAUCAGCAAAAAAUAUCCAGUCACACGUCAUGAUGUUUGAGAAAUGUAAUUCACAUUGGAGACCUUAGAUUUAAGGAUAUCGAUAGAAAGAUAUCUCUUUUUACCACUGUGUGAAGAUAAGAGAAAGUUUUAGUGAUCCACAGAAGUGAAAUUCGGGACAUCAACAGGAGUAACAGUUUCUUGUAAUCGAUUCUAAGGAGGCCUUAGCUAGUCAUGUUAGCACCUUAACUAGUUCCACCCAAAUGGUGCAUUCCAUUUUGCUUCCAGUGCAUCAUCAUGCAAUUAUUGAAAAAUGAAUUCCACGUCGAGAGAAUUCUAAAUUCUAAACUCAUCCAUUUAUACGUCCAUUCCUAAUAUCUUAAUAGUCAGUCAAUAAAUGACUUCAAUUUUUAGUGUCCCAAACACUGAUGCUGCAGUUCUUCACAUUUCAUCGUUUUACAUUUGUCAAAAUGUCCGAAGUUUGAUUUUAAGGGAAAUGUAUGUUUUUGCGGUGUUUGGCACACAAAUUUGAAAAUCUUCUAGAGCGCUUGCGGGUGACUGGAAACUGUCAGCAAGCGCGGCUUCAGUUUGUUUCUGCAACUGCGUUACUACUUAGCUGACACAAAAUGCUGGAUGUUGUACGGUAAUACAACAUCCGUUGCCUCCAUUUUUAACCCGGGAAUCUGUGCCUUGAAAAGUUGACAUUUGCAGUUUGUUUGUUUUUUGAUGGGAGUUGGGAAGGGGGCGUUUUAAAAUAUAGUACACAGGUUGUCAGUCUGUCAUUCAUAGUGUUGUACUUGAUAAGAUGGAAUGUAACUAUUUCUGUCGUAAUUGAUGCUGAACUUAACACUGAAUACAACUAUAUGUAAACAUUUUAUUUUACUUCAGCCUCACUUGGGUUCUUAAAAUUUGUUUCCAAAGGGACGAGAGAAUCUUUCAGAAUUGUCUUAAUAUGUUGUUAAUAUGUUAAAAGUGUUGUUCUGAACAGAAUAACACUGGUUCUUUACUUUGCCUCAGUUUCUUCACGACGCCAUGACCAAAGAAUUCUGGCAAACUGGCCAAAUUCUUAAAGCUUGAUUAAUUGCGCAUUAUGUCUUGUCACCGUUUACAAUUCCACACAUCCAGUGUGCUGUCUCUAGACGUUUAGUGUGUAGACAAGUCAAGUGUACAAUUUUCUUUCUGUUUUACAUGAAAGUCUUGGGCCAGUAUCAUCAUGAUGGACAACAAUUACUGCAGUACACAAUACAACGCAAUCUAUGAAAUAAUGUGCCAGCAUGAAAGUCAUCUCACGAAUCAACUCGCGACCAAUGGUCCUAUUUUAAUACAUGGCUGUUUUCAUAAAUGCACAGAUUUUAUGUGAUAUAUUUAGUUUGAAUUACCUUGUAUAUUAUUAUAUAAUAUAUUACCCAGUGGUCCCCAACCUUUUUUUUUUUUUUGUAUCACGGACUGGUUAGUACCACCAUUUUUUUUCCAUUGCUUCCAAGUUGCCAAUUUUUAAGCAUUGGUAUUGACAACAAUGAUAAUCACAGAAUAAUUCAACAUUUUAUGAACGUUCAUUCAUUUCAAACGGUGUUAGUCUACUGCACAACAAAUGCAAAAUAAAAUAACACAGUGAACUACGGAGAAAUGGGCCAAUUAGGAACAAUAAAUAUGCCCUAUAAUGUAAACAAUCAUUUUCGAAGCUACGAUCCUACCUACGAUGUUAUAGCAUCGUCGCUACUUGCAAUGGGUUACAGGGUUCAUUGCUGCAUUAUUAGUGAUUAAACUGCUUAUGGUUACGUCUGCAGGAAAACUCUUCUUCGCAUUUUCAUGUUUUCCAUUUGGUCACUUGUUCAAACGAUUCAACGGGUUUGGCAGUGCAAAAAACUGUCUUGUUUUUGUCGACAUAGCACGCACAACAGCUUCCUGCAAGGGGGAAUUUCUCUUGUCAAAAUAGCUUCAUCUUAAGAAAUCACGGCAGCCGAUCAGCUGCGCGUUUCGAUGUGCGUUACAUCAAUUUGUAACUAUUACAUUCUCUGUUGUGCUUAUUCUUUCAUUUACUGGCUUUUAUUCGGUUUAUUUCAACUUUCAUAACCAAAUGUUUCGAAGGAGGACUCCGAUUGGCCUGAGUCGUGCACAUUUACGCCACGUCUGACGACGCAAAUUUGUUCACGGCUCGCAGGUUUGUCUCUGUGAGGCCCGGUCCCAAACGGACUGAAUUUGGGGACCACUGGUAUAGACUAUAUUCAAGGUAUUCAAGGGAUGCAGAGCACAGAAACGGUUGGAUACUACUACCGCUGUUUUUCUCUAUUGUGAUAUUGAGCAGGGUUGUGGAUCACACAUUGGCACACAAAACCUAAAAAAAAAAAAAAAAAAAGACCCCCCCCCCAAAAAAAUAAUAAAAAUAAACAACAACUGUGAAUUACAGCAAACGCCUGAUGUCAGUCAGCAACCUUGUAGUGUUGUUAUUACUCAUGUUGUGCUUCUGUGUUAUUGUCCGGUUCGCUUUAUGAUGAUUUGAAAUGCCAAUUCUAGCCGGUCGUGCUUUCAAGUAGCAGGCAGCGCAAGCGUGGCUCUUAUUAGAUCACCUUUCCGCACGUUUUGCAUGUGUCCUAAAAGAUCAAAACUGUACAAGUUGACCGCAGUCGCACAACAACCAAGGUUCAAUGCUACUGGACAUGGAGGUGUGGAGGAAGCUGUGAGCUGGCCACCACAUCACUGUAUACCGUACUGAUAUAAGCUAUUACCUUUUUUUUUUUUCAAGAUGCGGGCUCACACAGGUAACUGUGAAAUGGAAUAAUGCACUAACACAAUUUCUAUAGGCAGUUUAUUGGAUGCUUUCACACUAAGAGCCCUUUAGUUUGUUUUAAUCCAAACACUAGUUGCUUCGCCGAACAGCAAUUUGUUGGUUGCUGAGUUUAAGACUUAAGUGGAAAUCCAAUCAAAAUACAACCUUGUAUUUUUUGUGUUUUACAGUAAGACAAACACUUGAGGUGGGCUCCACUUCGGAUCUUCUCCCUCACUCCUGAAUGUAGUUUUUGUUGUUCAUUUUUCAAUGGAUGAGGUUUAUUUUAUUUGUAUCUUGAAUUGCUUCACAUCUUCGUCCGCCAAUUUCACAUAAAGUGUAUUCUAACCACAUGAAUAAGUACAGCUUUCACUGUCAGAUUCCCAUGAAUAAAAAUGUGGAUUUCAAAGAA